GCGACAAUUCCAACUGAAACGACGGCACUAUGCGUAUAUAUAUUCGGAAAUUGGCAAUCAUUGUUUGUGCUACAUUUUUUACCACUAUCAUUUUGCUAUCGGUGAUACGGAAAGACGAAAAUUCCGAAUGGUUGAAAAAAUAUCAAAAAUUGAAUUUUCCACGACCAAUUCCUCAUAUUUCUUAUGUAGAAAAACAAAAUAUUUAUAAGUUUAUGACCAAAGAUGUCGAUGUUUCUCAUUUCUUUGUACCACAUAUCAACUGGACAUUAGCGAAACAGUUGGAUCAAUAUUUAUUUGAUUUAAAUAUUUCGGAAAUGGUUGCAAAGGAAUGUCCAAAGAAUGAAACUUUGCGACAGUUUUGGAAGGAGAAAAAUGGAAAAAUUGUACCUGAAAGAGAUUCAUGGGAGAAAUUUUAUGCAGAUAUCGGCAGCUGUGAUGUUUACAGAGAUGAAGAGGUUGUAGAAAAGUUGUUAAAUGACCUCACCAAAUUACCACUGAAAUCUGUGUCCAUUAUGGAUGGUGGCACGCAAGUUAAGCUUAUUUUCACAUUUGAAAAUGACCAGCAAGCAGUUUUUAAACCUAUGCGAUUCGGCCGUGAUUAUGAAUCCGAUCCGAAUCACUUUUACUUCAGCGACUUCGAGCGUCAUAAUGCUGAAAUUGCAACAUUUCAUAUGGACAAAAUACUUGGCUUUCGACGUGCUGUGCCAACCGUUGGCCGUAUUGUCAAUUUGACGUCCGAUUUACGCGACAAAGCCGAAAAACGUUUGGCUAAGACAUUUUUCAUUUCGCCAGCCAAAAAUUUGUGCUUCGUGAGCAAAUGCGAUUAUUAUUGUGACACAUCACAUGCUAUUUGUGGUACCCCGGAUACCAGGGAAGGGUCAGUACAAGUAUUCCUUCCAGAUGAAACUAGUGUUCCCAGGAAGCAUAAUAGAUCACCUUACAGAAGAACAUAUUCGAAGAAGAAUCAAAUAGCUGAAUGGCAACGAAAUAUGAAUUAUUGCCGGGAAAACGUCAAAAAAAUGAAGCGUUAUGCUCAUGGGCGCACGUUACUUGAUCUUGUUGACUUUCACGUGAUGGAUUAUCUGAUUGGCAAUCAAGAUCGGCAUCAUUAUGAAGCAUUUUCUAUUUUCACGAAUGCUCCAUCUUAUGCAAUUCAUUUGGAUAACGGAAGGGCGUUUGGCAGAACAGAUUUUGAUGACGACGAUAUACUGUUACCGUUAAGGCAAUGUUGUGUCUUGAGACCCUCAACUUUCUUUACACUAUUGAAAUACUAUCGUGAGCCUAUCUCACUAACAAAAGCACUUCAUCAGUCGAUGUCAAAAGAUCCAUUAGCGCCAAUAUUAGCAUAUAAGCAUUAUCCUGCAAUGGAAAGAAGAUUGCACAACAUAAUGGUUCACAUUGAUAAGUGUAUUCGUGAAAAUCCCAAAGGUCCUGAAGGCGUCAUAAUGGCCGAAUAUCAUAAUAAU